GCGCAGCCGGCAGCGCGCACCGGCCGGCGGCGGCGGGGCUGGCCGGGGCGGCGGGGCCAUUGUGUGCUCCAGACGGGGACACGGCCGCUCGCUACCGCACCCUCGCCCGCACCCGCGGCUCGCAGCAGCGAAAGUAUCGCGAGAGCGGCCGGCCGACAACCUGCUCCGCCACAGCCCCGCGCCGCGCCCGCGGAGCGCCCGCGCCGCCGCCGCGCACAUGCGGACGCCGAGCGCCGCCGCCGCCCGCCGGUUAUGAAGGAAGAAUGGAGUUUCCAGACCAUAGCCGCCAGUUGCUGCAGUGUCUGAGUCAGCAGCGUCACCAGGGCUUCCUGUGUGACUGUACUGUUUUAGUUGGAGAAGCUCAAUUCAGAGCUCACAGAGCCGUUCUUGCCUCUUGCAGUAUGUACUUCCAUCUUUUCUACAGGGACCAGUUAGACAAAAGGGAUAUUGUGCAUCUGAACAGUGACAUUGUCACAGCCCCUGCCUUCAGCCUGCUGCUCGAAUUCAUGUACGAGGGAAAGCUGGAAUUCAACAGUCUCCCAGUGGAAGAUGUGCUGGCUGCGGCGAGCUACCUUCACAUGUAUGACAUUGUGAAAGUCUGCAAGGGCAAGUUGAAAGAUAAAGAAUUAUGUUCGGAAGAGAAGAUUAAUGAUGAGGCGGCUAGUUUGGAGAAAGCGGAGCAUUUUCUAGACGCCGGAGUGCCCCUGGUCCACGAGUUUGACCCAGGAAACAAACAAAAAUUCAGCGUUGCAGAAUACGAGAGAGCAGCAGGCAAAGAAAAGGUCAGCAGUCACCCCGCCUGGUCCUCUGAUCAUAUAAGUGUCAGCUCUGUGCCGACAGAGGCAGAACCGUGCGCCGCAGCAGCUGGAAAAACAAAGGCUAAUGUCAAUAGUUCCACAGGACCUUUGUCCCAAAGGUCUGUUAACCAUCCCCUGGCUUCGAGUGAUGUGGACUGUGCGCUGGAUUUGUCUUUCAAGCCCGUGCCGGGGAGAGAUUCCUUACACCCCUCCUAUGUCUUUGGACAGCUGGCUUCCGACAGCCAGCAGCAGGGUACCGAGCCACUUGUUAAAGAUGAACAAGACUUGCUGUCAGAUCAGGAGGACAGCGAAGCCAGGAGUCCAGAGAGUCAGCAUUUUGGGAAUUCAGCCAAAAGCCUAGUGACAGGGUUAGGACACAUGUUCGCGGGGAAUGGCAGCUCUCAUGCCCGAGAGGAGGAUAUAGAUCAAGAGCGAGACGAGAGCGAGGACGACAUGGAUUCGUCGGACAUCUCGUCGGGCGUCCUCGUGCCUCCUGGGCAUAUCUGCAUUUGUCCCCUCUGUAGCAAGGUGUUCCCGAGCCCGCACAUCCUUCAGCUGCACCUGAGCUCUCACUUCCGUGACAAGGACGGCUCCCGGACCCGCCUGUCCCCCGACGGGUCGGUCCCCACUUGCACCCUCUGCGGAAAGACUUUUUCCUGCAUGUACACGCUAAAGAGGCACGAGAGGACUCACUCGGGGGAGAAGCCCUACACCUGCGGCCAGUGUGGGAAGAGCUUCCAGUAUUCCCACAACCUCAGCCGCCACGCGGUCGUGCACACCAGGGAGAAACCCCACGGGUGCAAGUGGUGCGAGAGACGCUUCACGCAGUCCGGGGAUUUGUACAGACAUAUCCGCAAAUUUCAUUGUGGCCUUGUAAAGUCCUUGGUUGUUUGAGAUGUGUGACUUUUGUUUUGGUUUUUUGUUGUUGUUUUUGUUUUUUUUUUUAAUAUCUACAACCCCCCCCACCCCCCCAACCUUUUUAAAACAAAACAGGAAAAAAAAGGCAGCAUCUGAAUUUGAAUUUUGUUUUUCUCCUCCCUUUCCUUUAUUUUGUUUUGGUGAUAUUCACUUCAGGUAUAUGAUCUUUAAAAGAUGCGGUGGUAUACACUCCAGAGGCCUUUUAAUGCAAUCCUUCCACCUCUCCAUCUCCCCCCUUCCCCUGCCACUGUCCCUUCCUAGCACAGUCCUUUAGGUCUUCUCUUGUGCACCCAUGUUACAUUAUUAAUGUGAAAUGAUCUUAAGUAAUUCUGCAAUGAUUUAGCAUCAGUUUUCACACUGGAAGUACUUGCUUUGUGGUCAGGGUUUUGUUGGUUUGGUUUUUCUUUUUUUUUUUUUUUUCUUUUUUUUACCUUUUCUUUUUGAAAAAAACAUUAUCAGCAAAUUCUGGAGAAAAAUUUGGCUUCCAUUAAGCUCCCCAAAUGCGCUCUGUGUGUUGCAGAGAAACAUCUGAAGAGAUCAACUGUGAUUUAAAUACAUUUUGGUGUAGAGAAGCCUGUCCACACGUUGCAGAGCGGGCAGAUGUACUUUGGUUUUAUAGAGCUAGAUGAGACAAUUAAUUGGCCCAAAUUUUAAAGGCGUUGAGGAUUACUGGCUGCAUCGUUGGUGCUGGUCAUUUUUUAUUCUCUUUAUUCCAUUAAUACUGUUCUGCAGUUGGUCCUAAAAUCUAAAUGAGAAGUUUUUGCCUUGGGACUUGACUUAAAUUUUCCCUUCUCACCCAUCCUCCUCACUGGGCUGACCUGCUGAAAAGCUGCUUUUGAGCAUACAAUGUGGAUGGAAAAAUACUUUCUGUCUGCAGCGUAUUCACUCCCAAAAUGUUGAAGGAUGCACGCUAGGCUAUACAAAAA